CAUUGGUUGUCCGCGGAGUGUCGGUGAAGUCAGCGCUGAGUCCCAGAAAAACAGAGCGGGGCCAGCUGCAGCGUGUAGUGCGAGUGGGGCGGACGCGCGCAGCCCGCCCGCCCGGCGACCAGCAAGGAGUUGGCAUCCUUUGGAAGAGUUGGUGAAACCUUUCUGCCCAGAGCUCCUGGACCAAUGCAUCUUCCCACCACCUUAAACCACUGGUGAAUAGCAGUUCAGAGCCCCAGUUGCAGACGACUUGUCCUGCCACCACCAUGAGUUCUGAAUGUGAUGGUGGUUCCAAAGCUGUGGUGAAUGGCUUGGCACCUGGCAGCAAUGGGCAAGACAAAGCAACUGCCGACCCUUUACGCGCACGCUCUAUUUCUGCUGUUAAAAUCAUUCCUGUGAAGACAGUGAAAAACGCCUCAGGCCUAGUUCUCCCUACAGACAUGGAUCCUACAAAAAUCUGCACUGGGAAGGGAGCAGUGACUCUCCGGGCCUCGUCUUCCUACAGGGAAACCCCAAGCAGUAGCCCUGCGAGCCCUCAGGAAACCCCGCAACACGAAAGCAAACCAGGUCUGGAGCCAGAGCCUUCUUCAGCAGAUGAGUGGAGGCUUUCUUCCAGUGCUGAUGCCAAUGGAAAUGCCCAGCCCUCUUCACUCGCUGCCAAGGGCUACAGAAGUGUGCAUCCCAACCUUCCUUCCGACAAGUCCCAGGUUCUCUCUGCCCCACGCCCUCCUCUCCUUCAAAAGGACCGCUUUGCAUGGCAGUCCCCCACCAUCCACAAUACCUACAAGGAUUCCCUCUACCUGAGCUCACCAAAGCCUUAUGUCCCACUUGCCACCCCCAGCCAGCAGAACCCCUCACAACCCCAGCCCAGCUCUGUCCUCCUGGCAGCUGAAUCGGCUCCCAAAGGUGUGGUGUGCCCUGGUUCCUUGCUUCCGGACUCCACAUUGCCCAGUGCUUCAUCCCAACCCCAGCAGCGCUAUGCAGCCACCAGGACAGUUUAUCAUAAGAAUGUGAGCUCUAACCCAUGUCAUGAGGCAGUUGGGAUUAAAAAGGUCAGCAGCUUAUAUGUACCUUGUUUAUCCAAUAACAUUUGCCUGGCGGCGUCAGAAAACUCCUCUCGUGUUGCACGUGACCCUGCCGAAGGCACUCCCUCGGAGGCUGCAGGCACCCGAGCACCGGCUCCCGGCCUUGUCUCCCGCACAGCCGGCACAGGAAAACCACCCCCUGCUCCUCCUCCUGACCCUCCCAAGCUAUUCUUUGACAUCCGUAAAGAUGCCGUUAACCGUGGCGAGAGUCCUUCCCUGGGGACUCGGGCUUCGUUCCCAGAUGUGAGACCACCUGUGCUAGGCCCCCGGGUUACCUCUGAUCCCGAAAACCGGAAGAGCAAAGAAUCUUACCUUUUGCAGCCGAGUUAUCCAGCCAAGGAUGCCACUUCCUCCAGUGCAGCCCAGCCGGAGGUAAUAGUUGUCCCUCUCUACCUGGUUAAUACUGACAGAGGGCAAGAAGGCACUGCCAGACCUCCAGCACCUCUGGGGCAUCUUGGCUGCGUCCCCACAAUCCCAGCGACCGCCUCUGCCGCCUCACCUCUGACCUUCCCGACUCUAGAUGAUUUCAUUCCCCCUCAUCUGCAGAGGUGGCCCCACCACAGCCAGCCAGCCCGCGCCUCUGGCUCCUUUGCCCCCAUUAGCCAGACGCCACCAUCCUUCUCACCACCACCUCCGCUGGUCCCUCCUGCCCCGGAGGACCUCCGCAGAGUCUCGGAGCCUGACCUCACGGGAGCUGUUUCGAGUACCGAUUCCAGUCCUCUACUAAAUGAAGUUUCUUCUUCACUUAUUGGAACUGAUUCCCAAGUCUUUCCACCAGUUAGCAAGCCUUCAUCCGCCUAUCCCUCCACAACAAUUGUCAAUCCUACUAUUGUGCUCUUGCAACACAAUCGAGAACAGCAAAAACGACUCAGUAGCCUUUCAGAUCCUGUCUCAGAAAGAAGAGUGGGAGAGCAGGACUCAGCACCAACCCAGGAAAAACCCACCUCACCUGGCAAGGCUGCUGAAAAAAGAGCAAAGGAUGACAGUAGGCGGGUGGUGAAGAGCACUCAGGACUUAAGCGAUGUUUCCAUGGAUGAAGUGGGCAUCCCACUCCGGAACACUGAGAGAUCAAAAGACUGGUACAAGACUAUGUUUAAACAGAUACACAAACUAAACAGAGACACUCCUGAAGAAAACCCUUAUUUCCCUACGUACAAAUUCCCUGAACUUCCUGAAAUCCAGCAAACUUCCGAAGAGGACAAUCCUUACACUCCCACCUACCAGUUUCCUGCAUCUACUCCUAGUCCUAAAUCUGAAGAUGAUGAUUCAGAUCUGUACUCUCCCAGAUACUCGUUUUCUGAAGACACAAAAUCUCCCCUUUCUGUGCCUCGCUCAAAAAGUGAGAUGAGCUACAUUGAUGGUGAGAAGGUAGUCAAGAGGUCGGCCACACUACCCCUCCCAGCCCGCUCUUCCUCACUGAAGACAAGCCCAGAAAGAAAUGACUGGGAACCCCCAGAUAAGAAAGUAGAUACAAGAAAAUAUCGUGCAGAGCCCAAAAGCAUUUACGAAUAUCAGCCGGGCAAGUCUUCCGUUCUGACCAACGAAAAGAUGAGUCGGGAUAUAAGCCCAGAAGAGAUAGAUUUAAAGAAUGAACCUUGGUAUAAAUUCUUUUCGGAAUUGGAGUUUGGGAAACCGCCUCCCAAAAAGAUAUGGGAUUAUACUCCUGGAGACUGCUCUAUCCUUCCUAGAGAGGAUAGAAAGACUAAUCUAGACAAAGAUCUCAGCCUCUGCCAGACAGAGUUAGAGGCAGAUUUAGAAAAAAUGGAGACGCUUAAUAAAGCACCCAGUGCAAACGUGCCACAGAGCUCAGCCAUCAGCCCUACUCCAGAAAUUUCUUCAGAGACUCCUGGAUAUAUAUAUUCUUCCAACUUCCAUGCAGUGAAGAGGGAAUCAGAUGGGGCUCCUGGGGAUCUCACUAGCUUGGAGAAUGAGAGACAAAUUUAUAAAAGUGUCUUGGAAGGUGGUGACAUCCCUCUUCAGGGCCUGAGUGGGCUCAAGCGACCAUCCAGCUCUGCUUCCACUAAAGUGGAUCGUAAAGGUGGGAAUGCUCACAUGAUUUCUUCAUCUUCAGUCCAUAGCCGAACGUUUAACACUAGCAAUGCAUUAGGCCCUGUGUGUAAGCACAAGAAGCCCCUGUCAGCUGCGAAGGCCUGCAUUUCGGAAAUCCUUCCUUCCAAAUUCAAACCCAGGCUCUCUGCUCCCAGCGCUCUUUUGCAGGAACAGAAGAGUAUCCUCUUACCCUCAGAGAAGGCUCAAAGCUGUGAGAACCUUUGUGUUUCUGGUUCUUUGAAUGAUUCCAAAAGAGGCCUCCCCCUCCAAGUGGGAGGGAGCAUUGAGAACCUGCUCAUGCGCUCCCGACGGGAUUAUGACAGCAAGUCGAGCAGUACCAUGAGCCUCCAGGAGUACACCACCAGUGGUAGGAGGCCCUGUCCUCUCUCAAGAAAGGCUGGGAUGCAGUUCACCAUGCUUUAUCGGGACAUGCACCAGAUCAACCGAUCUGGCCUCUUCCUGGGCUCCAUCUCCUCCUCCUCGAGUGUGCGGGAUCUUGCCUCCCACUUUGAAAAGAGUAGCCUGGCGUUGUCCAGGGGUGAGCUGGGCCCCAGCCAGGAGGGCUCGGAACACAUCCCCAAGCACACCGUCUCUUCCCGCAUCACCGCUUUUGAGCAGCUGAUUCAGCGGUCCCGUUCCAUGCCAUCCCUGGACCUGUCCGGACGGCUGAGCAAGUCUCCCACACCUGUGCUGUCCCGGGGCAGCCUGACCUCAGCCCGCUCGGCCGAGUCCCUACUUGAGUCAACCAAGCUCCGUCCCAAGGAGAUGGAUGGGAUGAACUCCAGUGGGGUCUAUGCUUCCCCAACAUGUAGCAAUAUGGCACACCAUGCCUUGAGCUUCAGGGGCCUUGUGCCUUCUGAGCCUCUCUCCACCUGCUCUGAUGACGUGGACCGCUGUUCAAAUAUCUCCACUGACAGCAGAGAAGGCAGUGGCAGCAGCGUUCACGGAGAUUUCCCCAAACAUCGCCUCAACAAGUGCAAGGGCACCUGCCCAGCCUCAUACACCCGCUUCACCACCAUCCGGAAGCAUGAGCGGCAGCAGACCUCUAGACAGCCCGAUUGGCGCCUGGAUGCCAGAGGGGACAAGAGCACCCUCCUCAGGAACAUCUACCUAAUGAGCCCUCUUCCUUUCCGGCUGAAAAAGCCCCUCCACCACUACCCCAGACAGCCUUCCCCUGGUGACUCCUCAGGCCUCCUGGUGGGCCAGAAGCCAGACCUCCCCAGUCAGCCCCAUCAGGACCAGCCCCCUUCUGGGGGGAAGCCCGUGGUUCCCACACGCCUGUCUUCCCGACACACCAUGGCCAGGCUUAGCCGCAGCUCAGAGCCCUCUCAGGAGAGACCCACAGCCCUGGAGGACUACCCAAGGGCCAUUAAUAAUGGAAACUCCGUGCCAUACUCAGACCACAGCCUGGACAGGAACAACAACCCACAAAGUGAACUGGCACCAUCCCGCGGAGAUUCAGAAUCGCCAAGACAUUUUAUACCAGCUGAUUACUUGGAAUCCACAGAAGAAUUUAUUCGAAGACGUCAUGAUGAUAAAGAGAAACUUUUAGCGGACCAGAGACGACUUAAGCGCGAGCAAGAAGAGGCUGAUAUUGCAGCUCGACGCCACACAGGCGUCAUUCCGACGCACCAUCAGUUUAUCACUAAUGAGCGCUUUGGGGACCUCCUCAAUAUAGACGAUACUGCAAAAAGGAAAUCUGGGUCAGAGAUGAGACCUGCCAGAGCCAAAUUUGACUUUAAAGCUCAGACACUAAAGGAGCUUCCUCUGCAGAAGGGAGAUAUUGUUUACAUUUAUAAGCAAAUUGAUCAGAACUGGUAUGAAGGAGAACACCACGGCCGGGUGGGAAUCUUCCCACGCACCUACAUCGAGCUUCUUCCUCCUGCUGAGAAGGCUCAGCCCAAAAAGUUGACACCAGUGCAGGUUUUGGAAUAUGGAGAAGCUAUUGCUAAGUUUAACUUUAAUGGUGAUACACAAGUAGAAAUGUCCUUCAGAAAGGGUGAGAGGAUCACACUGCUCCGGCAGGUAGAUGAGAACUGGUACGAAGGAAGGAUCCCGGGGACAUCCCGACAAGGCAUCUUCCCCAUCACCUACGUGGAUGUGAUCAAGCGACCACUGGUGAAAAACCCUGUGGAUUACAUGGAUCUGCCUUUCUCCUCCUCCCCAAGUCGUAGUGCCACUGCAAGCCCACAGUUUUCCAGUCACAGCAGGCUCAUCACGCCAGCCCCCUCAUCUCUGCCCCACUCCCGCCGAGCCCUGUCCCCCGAGAUGCACGCCGUCACCUCUGAGUGGAUCUCACUGACUGUGGGGGUCCCAGGCAGGCGUUCUCUGGCCCUGACCCCACCCUUGCCUCCUCUGCCAGAGGCUUCUAUAUAUAACACUGACCACCUCGCCUUGUCACCGAGGGCCAGUCCCUCCCUGUCUCUCAGCCUCCCCCAUUUGAGUUGGUCAGAUCGUCCCACCCCACGAUCAGUAGCUUCUCCACUGGCCCUACCUUCCCCACACAAAACCUACUCCCUAGCACCCACUUCCCAGUCCUCCCUUCACAUGAAUGGAGAUGGUGGUGUCCACAUGCCAUCUUCAGGCAUCCACCAAGAUAGCUUCUUGCAGCUGCCGCUGGGGAGCUCUGAUAGUGUCAUCUCCCAGCUUAGUGAUGCCUUUAGCAGCCAGAGCAAGAGGCAGCCAUGGCGUGAAGAGAGUGGACAAUAUGAGAGGAAAGCAGAGAGGGAGGCAGGCGAAAGAGGCCCUGGUGGACCCAAGAUCUCUAAGAAGAGCUGCUUGAAGCCUUCAGACGUGGUCAGGUGCCUGAGUACUGAACAGAGACUCUCAGAUCUCAACACCCCUGAGGAGAGCCGGCCCGGCAAGCCCCUGGGUAGCGCUUUUCCAGGAAGUGAGGCUGAGCAGACAGAGCGGCAUAGAGGUGGCGAGCAGGCGGGGAGGAAAGCUGCUCGGAGAGGUGGGAGCCAGCAACCUCAAGCCCAGCAGCGAAGAGUCACCCCUGACAGGAGUCAAACCUCACAAGAUUUAUUUAGCUAUCAAGCAUUAUAUAGCUAUAUACCACAGAAUGACGAUGAGUUGGAACUCCGCGAUGGAGAUAUCGUUGAUGUCAUGGAAAAAUGUGACGAUGGAUGGUUUGUUGGUACUUCAAGAAGGACAAGGCAGUUUGGUACUUUUCCAGGCAACUAUGUAAAACCUUUGUAUCUAUAAGAAGACUGAAAACCAUGGAGAUUAUUUUUAUUGGAGGAUGAAGCAUCAUUCAUGAACCGAUCUUUUUAGUUGAGUCAGUAGGAAAAUUAAUACAGUGGAUAAAGUAAGAAGCAAAAGACAGGGACAGAGAAGUGUUGUGUUUAAAACCCAAGCCUGUCUAAGGUUACUGUAUAUUAGACGGCCGAACUAGUGUGCCAAGCAAAAAGAAUUGAAGCAAAUUGUAUUUACUUAGCCGCUUCUGGGAGCCACUUCAGCCUUUCCCCUCCCCUCCACCUCUUGGGUAAUCUGACCUGAAGCAUAGUCCAGGAGCAGAGUUAGCCAGAAAUGCCUCCUGCUGCCCCAGCCUUAGAGAGCUCCCAUCUCAAUCAUUGAGCCUGAAGGCUUCAAGCCCAAGAAUGCACCAAGACCCCCAGCCUACAUUUCUCAGCUCCCCUGGAGCCAGCCGAUCCUCUAACGCAGUUGGAGGUCAGUCUGAGCUACCAAGACUAUCCCUAGACAAAGGUGGAGUCCCCCACACUGCCCAAGACCAAAUCCCUCCCUCAACCUGCUGAGGUGUGGAUGGGGAAACAGAGGCAAAACUGAGGCACCCGAUGCAUUCAGCCUGCUGUGCAGCAGUGCCAUUGACUGCCCUGGUGUUCAGACAGAAAAGCACACAAGGUUUGCCCAUGAGAACUGGGGAGCAGAUGGCCAAGCAGAUAGGUUAUGUCUGUUUUCUGAGUGAUGAAGUCAGGAAGCCCUGUGGCUCUAGAGGCCACUUAUGGUUCAUUCUUUUCCCAUAUCCUUUGCUUUUAGAAAUGGUUACCUUCAGGACAGUGCAGCUGCAUUCAUCAGAGCACUAUUGCUAAGUUUUCUUUUCUGGCUUGUGUUUGUCUGGGACAGUUUAGAAUUGGGAGGCCUAUUCUCAUAGAAAACCAAAAAUGAUGUUCAGUGAUUCAUUUAACAUACACCAAUGUACUCUGGCUGCUUGGGGGACAACCAUAAGCAAGACAUGCCCAGGGUUUGCCGUGGCUCCAGAUCUACUCCCUGUAGGAGUUCAAGGAUCACACAAAAUGUAGUAACCAGGGUUGUGAAUCUGAGUACACCCUGGCAAGGCUUCUCUUCAGACUGAAGCAGCAAUUCUGCCACUACCAGCAGCAACCAGGACGUCUGUUCUUUGUGGGGGCCAGAUCAGAAGAGAGAGGCCCCUAUGACGCCCGGGCUGCUUGGUCACAACUCUGUCCAAUUCAAGGAUGUUUAUCGGCCUCUCUUAGACCCCUGAGUGAGACAAAUACAGAAAUCACCCAUUCCCUGCCCACCAGAAACUCAGAGGUGAUUGGGGAGACAGACACAGGAAAACGAACUUAAUCAAGAGAGACUGUGAUAUGUGCUAAGAAGGGUGUGAGGGAGGGAGAGAUGAAUUUUCCCUGGAGGGAUCCUAGAAAGCAUUGUCAUAUUGCCAUCUCCAUUAGCUCACUUUUAAACAACUAGGGUGCUGGAAGAACCUUUGUCUGAGGGUAGUUCAUAGCUGGAAAUACUUGGAAUUUUUCCAGAGUCUCUAAACUCUCAUCUUCCCCCACAGAUACACAUCCAAGCUCACAAAUAGGAGGAGCAAUUCUAGGUGGUAGGGUUGUGUACAGAAACCCCUGGCUGUCUGCAUAUAUCUCAGAAUUACCCCAGGACCAUUGUCACAAAGUCUAGAGUCUUUACAGGUAGGCAAAAUUUGUUUUCAAUGCCUGUGCCUCAGCUGCUCUCACAAAUACCCAUCUUAGGAUCCCAUCAGCUUCCCAUCCCCCACCAGACAGCCACAGUACCCUCACUUUCUCCCUAUUGUUCUUUUAAAUCCUGUUCUCGGGAAAGAAACUGCCACUAAUUCAUUCACACUAAGGUGUAAAUGAUUGAUAAUAGGAAUGAGUUACCUCUUUCCACAGACGUUUGUUUUUAAGUAUGACAGAGCAGGGCCUUAAUCCCAAGGGAAAAGGUUAUGGAACUCUGGAGGGGGUGAGCUUUCUGGGUAGAAGGAGACUUCCUGAUUUUCCUUAAAACCCAGUAAGAGUAAGACCUGUUGUUUUGGAAGGUCUGCUCCACCAUGUAAGAGCACUGUUUUUGUUUGUUUGUUUGUUUGUUUUUUACUGUCUCUGAGGGAAUAUAGUAAAAAUGCAUAUGCACGUGCAAUUUGCACGGCAGCAUUUCACCGAUUUUGGAAUGUAUUGGCUAAUGUGUUUCCUGGUCUUUAGAUGCAAACCAUUAAUAACACUAUCUUAUCUAAUAGUUUUUUCAGGGGUGCUUCUUGAUUAGUAGGUAAUUUUGAACACCUCUUUAAAUACAGCUAGAAAAUAAAACCAAUUUAUAAAGCCACAUUUGCAUAUGAUGCCAGCCUCACGCAUUUGUAUAUCUCCAGAAAUUCAGGUAUGCCUCACCAAUUUGCCCGUCUUUAAUAAAAUCUUGUGUUAAAAUUUGCAUCACGUCGCCUUCCUAUGUAUAACGAAAAAAGAAACAGAGAUUUCCAAUUGCUCUUUUGUCUUCAGACAUUUAGUAAUAUAAAGUACCUAUUUUUAUGCUGAAAUGUUUAUACAGGUUUAUUAAUAGCAAGUGCAACUAACUGGCGGCAUGCCUUGCAACACAUUUUGAUAUAUUAGCCAUGCUUCCUGGUAAAGGCAAGCCCGAAACUCCUUAUCUUUUGCAGUCUCUCUGGGAUCAGUAAAAGAAAAAAAAAAUAAUGUGCUUAAGAAGUGGGGCUGUAAAUAUGUAUAUUUAACUUUGUAUAGCCCAUGUACCUACCUUGUAUAGAAAAAUAAUUUUAAAAAUUUGAAUGGAAGGGGGUAAAGGAAGUCAUGAAGUUUUUUUGCAUUUUUAUUUAAAUGAAGGAAUUCCAAAUAACUCACCUACAGAUUUUUAGCACAAAAAUAGCCAUUGUAAAGUGUUAAAAUUUACGAUAAGUAUUCUAUUGGGGAGGGAAGGUAACUAUGAGCUGAGUUACAGUUUUUUUUUUUCCUUUUUAACUUCAUUAUUUUGGGUUUUUGGUUUUUGCAGUCCUAUUUAUCUGCAAUCGUAUUAAGUCCUAUUGCUAGAAUAGGUUACUACAAAAAAGAUUAUAUUCUGAAAGAAAAAUAACUGACAUUAUAUAUAACCAAUUAAUUUAAAGUAUUGCCAUUUAAAUUACACACUGAGAGCAUGUCCUGUGCAGACAUAGACUUUUCUGUUCAUUUAUUUUUCUUCAUUGCAGUGGAUUGAUUUGAUAAAUAGAUGUGUUGAAUUACUACAUUUGCUGUACAUAUUAUUUAAUAAACUUUAUUCAGAAUUGUGUGGCA